GGCUCCUCCCACCUCCCCCAGCAGCUCAAGUUCACCACCUCCGACUCCUGCGACCGGAUCAAAGAUGAAUUCCAGCUGCUGCAAGCCCAGUACCACAGCCUGAAGCUGGAGUGCGACAAGCUGGCCAGUGAGAAAUCAGAGAUGCAGCGGCAUUACGUCAUGUACUACGAGAUGUCUUAUGGAUUGAACAUUGAGAUGCAUAAACAGGCUGAAAUCGUGAAGAGGCUGAAUGGGAUUUGCGCCCAGGUUCUGCCCUAUUUGUCACAGGAGCAUCAGCAGCAGGUCCUGGGAGCCAUCGAGAGAGCCAAGCAGGUCACGGCUCCCGAGCUAAACUCCAUCAUCCGACAGCAGCUCCAGGCUCACCAGUUGUCCCAGCUUCAGGCCCUGGCUCUGCCCUUGACACCGCUUCCCGUGGGGCUCCAGCCGCCAUCGCUCCCUGCGGUCAGCGCGGGCACCGGCCUGCUGUCACUGUCAGCGCUGGGCUCUCAAACCCACCUCUCUAAGGAGGACAAGAACGGACACGAUGGGGACACUCACCAGGAGGAUGAUGGCGAGAAGUCGGACUAGCUCCUGGGGAGGAGGACACAGGGGAGACAGGCACAGAUAGGUCACGGUGUUCCGAGGGCCACACAGCACACAGCUCGGUCACUACCCAAGUUUCCACCCCCAGUCCUGGUUCCGGCCUUCUUGCUGUGCACCCCGGGUCUAGGGGACUCCAGAGAGGUACCCCAGGCUACAGGGAGCCGCAAGAAAUCCCCCACCUCCACAUUUACCCGGGCCACAGCCACCAAUCUUGGCCCAGAAUGUACACAACGCAACGCUAGCUGCCCCUUUCCACCCUGCACACCCAGAGUCUGGUCCUGACCCCUUCUCUCUCUGCUUCCCGCACUGCACACCUGCUAGGCCCAGACAACCCCCCCCCCAAUCACCCAGCCUGGUCCCCUUGCCCACGAAAGAAGGGGACAGAGAGGAAGUGACUCGAAGGCACGGGGACUGCAGUGGGGGUGGGCACCCAAAAACUUCCUUUCUCCCCUUCCCCAAAUAAACGUGAGGGUUCUGAAGUUGGUUUGUUUAUUGUUCCUUUUUGCCCUGGUAUUAUAUAGCUUGUCUUCUAAGAAAGGGGAUUUAAAAAAAAAAAAAAGACCGAAGCCCCACGCGUGUCUGUGUAUAUAGUUAGCUUUGGUGCGUAGUCUUGGUCUCCCCGAGAGAAGGGAGAUUGCUGUACUGAGGCUGGGGUCUAGCUGUGCCUUUGAAAUAAAAACAUGAAAAGGUUG